AUGAACAGCUGCUCCAAAGUGCGUGACAACUUAACACGUAUAAAGCCUACAGAAGACUGGCUAUCGGAGAGCCGCCUUAAAAGAUGCCUUACAACCUCAGAUCUCACUUUUUUAGGUGUGGGCUGUGUGUUAGGUGCUGGCCUGUACGUGGUCACAGGGGAAUUAGCACGUGACAUCGCUGGGCCCGCUGUUAUUAUCUCAUUUUUCAUUGCUGCUGUUGCUGCCGCUUUGUCUGGGAUUUGUUACGCGGAGUUUGGAUGCCGUAUUCCCAAGGCCGGCUCCGCCUACAUGUACUCGUAUGCGACUGUUGGAGAGUUUUGGGCGUUCGUUGUCGGUUGGAACAUGAUUCUAGAAUAUGUCAUCGCUGCUGCAAGCCUGGCGCGCGCCUGCAGCGAGUAUAUCAACUCAUUUGCUCAGGGUCAUAUAUUCAAGUUCUUUAUGAACGAUAUAGCCACAUGGAACGUUUCUGGCCUUGGAAGCUUUCCUGACUUCUUGGCAUUCACACUGGCCUUGGCGGCUUCUUUUAUUGUCUCGCUGGGAGCACAAAAAUCAUCUCUUGUAAAUAAAAUCGUAACCUUCGUAAACUUAGCCGUCAUCUUGUUUAUUAUCGUUAUUGGAUUUUACUUCGCCGAUGGGGAGAACUGGAAACCAAAAUUUGCCCCCUACGGGUUUCGAGGUACUCUAGCAGCUGGGGCAAGCUGCUUUUUCGCCUUCGUUGGAUUUGACGUCAUAGGAUCGGCGGGAGAAGAAGCUAUCAAUCCCAAGCAUUCGUUACCCUUCUCUACCAUUCUUACUCUUGUGAUAAGUUUCUUGGCGUAUUUUGGAGUCGCAACGGUGCUUACAUUAAUGAUACCUUAUCAUAAACUGAGCCACUUUGCUCCUCUGGCUGAGGUUUUUGUUCAACGUGGGUUGAGCGGCGCCAAAUACGUGGUGGCAAUAGGUGGGCUCUGUGCAACAAUGAGCUCCCUGGUGGCCAACUCAUUCGCAGGCCCACGUAUUGCAUACUCCAUGGCGUCUGACGGAUUGUUAUUCAACUGGUUUGCGCAUGUGCACGAGAAGACAAAGGUUCCAGUUCGUGCGGUUUUGGUUGAAGGAAGUUUAGCUGCAAUCCUUGCUUUACUUCUUGACGUAAAGCAACUGGUGGAGUUGUUGUCUAUCGGUACCAUAAUGUCGUACACCAUGGUAGCUAUUGCUGUGUUGGUGACGCGUUACACUCCUGGAGUACAAACCGUCAAAUAUGACGACGACAGAACCAAAGAAAGGACCCGAAAAUGGCUUCAGUCGGUCUGCUGCCGUCCUGGCGAGACUGAGGACAAAGAUGGUGCUAGUCACGAGGUUACCUACCAACGAGUCGAAAGCAACGACGAGGAGUCGUCAAAUGUAACAACAGAACCAGACAGUACGACAAGCUUCCAUGCACGUGUUGGUGCAUUCUUGUUGACUGUAUCCAUAAUGGCCCUAAAUAUCUGCCUUACUCAGACACAGUCAUAUCUGAGCUCGGGGGAGGUCUGGGCAAUCAUUCUUUCCUGUAUCUUCGGUUUAAUGAUCGUCUCAUCUUUGACGUUGAUCAUCAGGCAGCCUAGAAAUUCUGCCACAUUCCCGUUCAUGGUUCCAGGAGUCCCGUUCAUUCCUGCCCUUACGAUAUUUGUCAAUACUUUGCUUUUGGUGACGCUGAAUCAUUGGACGUAUAUAAGGUUUAGCAUUUGGAUGUGUCUCGGUUUGUUGGUGUACUUUUCAUACGGUUACAGUCACAGUUUGGAAGCCGUUAGACCGUCCGAGAAAACAGAAUCUCAGUUCAUCCUGACCCAGACUCCAGACUUUGGUCAAGAAGUUGAAGAAUAUGCACCACCACAUCAUCCAUAA